AUGGAUGACCAGAAGCAAAUGCUCAACGCCUCUUCCACGCUGCCUGUCCCCACCUCCAACACCUCCCUCCCUCUAUCUGACGACCGGGACGACGCUCUAGCCCAAGUGGAAAUCGCCAUCUUGGCCUCCAUCUUCCUGCUAGCCACUCUGAGCAAUGGGCUGGUGCUGGGAGCCCUCUUCCGCCGCACUCGCCGGGCCAGCCCCAUGCACCGCUUCAUCUGCCACCUCUGCCUGGCCGACCUGACCGUGGCGCUCUUCCAGGUGCUGCCACAGCUCAUCUGGGACAUCACCGACCGCUUCCAGGGCCCGGAUGUCUUGUGCCGCGCCAUCAAGUACUUGCAGGUGGUUGGCAUGUUUGCCUCUUCCUACGUCAUUAUGGCCAUGACUUACGACCGCCACCGAGCCAUCUGCCGGCCCAUGCUGGCUUUCCGGAAGGGCCCAGCCACCUGGCAUCGCCUGGUGGUGGCAGCAUGGACCGCAUCCUUCCUCCUCAGCCUCCCACAGCUCUUCAUCUUCUCCAAAACCAAGCUGCCCAGCGGAGCCCACGAGUGCUGGGCUCACUUUGCAGAGCCCUGGGGAGUUCGGGCUUAUGUCACGUGGGUGACUCUGAUGGUCUUUGUCUUCCCCACUUUCUUCAUUGCUACCUGCCAGGCCAUGAUUUUCCGUGAGGUCCACCGCAGCCUGCGCCUGGGGCCAGAAGGAGCAUUGCGGGGCCGGGACAGCCGGCAGGGGCAAUCCCCCAUUUCCGGGGCUGUGUCGAAGACUGCAAAGAUGACCCUGGCCAUUGUGCUUAUCUACGUGUUUUGCUGGGCCCCCUUUUUCCUAGUCCAGCUGUGGUCUGUGUGGGAUCCUCAGGCCCCGCUAGACGGUCCAGCUUUCACCCUCCUGAUGCUCCUCGCCAGUCUCAACAGCUGCACCAACCCCUGGGUCUACGCCACCUUUAGCAGCAGUAUUUCGGGUGAGCUGCAACAAAUCUUCUGUCCCAGACUGGCCCGUCAGCAGAUUAGUUCCCUGCAUGAGGACUCCACCUUCACUGCCAGCUUCUCCCUGGGACGGGAUGCCCUUUCCUGAGCCAGAGCGCCACUAACACCAAUGGUGCACCUAGCAAGGAAUAUGUUCCUUCUGCUGAACAGUGGCUUCAAAGGCGUUGGGGCUUGGCCAGAAAGGUGGAUGCAAAAGAAACCCCCAGAGAGGAGUGCCACUCUCUCACCAGCCAGCUCCAUAGGGUGGAAGGAUGCCCAGCUUAACAGAGAAGCCGGCUCCAAGGACACAGGGGCACUUAGGACUGCCAGAAGACCAUUGUUUUCAGUGCCCUCUGGAACCUGUAAAGCAAUGUCUUUCCCAGCCCUGGUGUCAUCCAGAUGUUUUAGGCUACAACCCCAGCUGUGCUGGAUGGGGCAAGUAGGAGUUG